AUGUCAAAGAACCUCAUGGACACGGAGAUCGGUGGCGAACAGACACAAUACGAGGGCUCCCACACCUUCGUAGAGCCUCCUAGCAAGCAAGGCGGUCAAUUGGGCGAUAUAUCUAAAGGUGCCGCGUCCAAGCAGAAGAACACCGCGAGCGACGAAUCGAACACGCAGGGGGUUACCAAGGCAGAGCAGAAUCGCUCCGAACAGAGUAUACAGGAAGGCGGUAUGGGCGGUAAGACUCCAGGCUCUACUGGGCAGGCGAACGCGGAAGGUGGAUUCGGCGGUACUAAAGCUUUGAAUGAAGAGAAUGAUAGUUUCUCGAAAGAAAGGAGAGAGCAGGGUUAUGGUGGAGGGAAGGACAUGGAUAGGAACAUUGGAGCAUGA